CAGCUUUUUCUUUGAUAAAAUGUCGAAAGGAAGCACAGACGGAUGAAUACGACCUCGAGAUCUUUCUCUUCUUCUUUAAGCAGCAAGAGAGAGAGAAAAGAAAUUAUACAAACCUAAAGAAUUUGUAGAUCUACACAAGCUUUCAAGUGUCAUGUACCAAAGAGGGAGAUCAUUAGGAACCGAGUUGUACAAAGAGAGGACCAUUUCGAGAUAACAUCAUCUAGAGAUCUCAUGUUUAUUUUCAGUUAUCACAUUCCUUGAAAUGAAUUAAUGUGCUUCAAAGAACUUGUCCGAUCACUAUUGGAAUUAAGAAGGAUAUUGAAAUAUUUAACUAGUGUCGUAGGCUUGGGUUGAAAAGCAAGAAUAAGAGUGCAAGUUUUGGGGAUUUUUGAUAUCCUAUGUUUCAAAGGAUUUGAGAUGGUUAACUGGUAUAAAUCCUGAACUUGGGCAAAAGAAUAAGCUGCCCAAUAUAAAGUCACGUCUGAAUGUAAUUGAGCUGACUGCCAUGUGGGAUACUGUGCAACAAAUUGCCAUUUACAUACAUAGGUUUCACAACCUUGACCUUUUUCAGCAAGGAUUCUAUCAAAUUAAGGUUACGAUGAGAUGGGAAGAUAGUGAAUAUGCUAGUAUUGGUACUCCUGCUAGAGUUGUUCAAUAUGAAGCACAUGAUAUGGAUUCUGACAGCAUCUAUGGGGCAUGGAGAAUCAAUGAUACAGACAAUAGUUUCUUAACACAGCCUUUUCGGAUCAAAUAUGCGAGGCAAGAUGUUUAUUUAUCCGUCAUGAUCUCGUUUGAUCUAUCUCUUAGUAAAUAUAAGGUCCCAUCCACAUCUGCUGUUAUUUUAAAAUUUGAGCUUCUGCAAGCUCCCAUAACAGAGAAUAGACUUGAGUUGCUAGCAUAUCUGGAAGCUUCCUCUGUUGCGGUCCAUGAAUUUCGAAUUCCUCCUAAAGCUCUUUUUGGACUGCAUUCAUACUGCCCUAUCCAUUUUGAUAUAUUUCAUGCUGUGCUGGUUGAAGCAAGCGUCCAUGUCAGUCUACUAAAAGCUGGUUCUCAUGCACAUAAAUCCAGUGAUCCUUACCACCUUGAAGAUGUUCCUGGUGAAAGUAUUGAUGAGAGGCCCAAUCAAGCAUUGGCUUCAGUAUCUUUUGUAGCAAUGAACAAGAUAAUGCUUAUUAAAACAUUGUUAGUUGCCCGUGACACUUUACUUGAAGAGCUACAAAGACUUAGCAAAGCCAUUGCCCAAGUAAUUGAUUUUACUGAUUUUACAUCCAAAAUGAAUGAUAUAAAUAUGCUUGAUUCUAUCCGGAGAGCGGAUCUUGGUACUGCAAAAGGUGAAGUUGGCGGGCGAGGCAGUUUACAAAAUGGUCUUGAGAAAGCAAAUGGCAUUCCAGAUUUUGAAGGUGAUAAGCUGCAAUACAUUUUAUCUAAUGAUGCUCUGGAGAACAUUUUUCAUUUGCUGGGAACUCAACUAUCAUACUUGUGGAGCACUUUUCUGCAGUUCCACAGGACAAAUAAAAAGAAGAUACUAAGGUUUCUGCGUGAUGCAUGGGCUAAGGAUCGCAGAACUGAGUGGUCAAUAUGGAUGGUAUACUCUAAGGUUGAGAUGCCUCAUCAUUACAUAAGCAGUGGAACUCAUGAUGCUUCUCAUAUUGUGGUUGAUAAAAGAGUUUCAAGUUUCUGGAAGUUAGCUGAUGAUCCUGCCCAGACUGCUGCUACACGUGCUGAACUUCAUCGGCGAAGUAUUGCCCAAAUGAGGAUAAAUGCUAGUUCAAUCCAAGACAUGUAUAUAUUCGGAGACCCUCUGCGAGUUCCUAUUAUAUAUGUUGAGCGUGUCAUAAAUGCACCACGCCGUACUUUUAGUGAAAAUUCUUAUUUUAGAAAUUUGGACCUGAUAGAUUCUCCUAGCUUACUUGCUGGACCGGGCCCUGGAACUUUGAAGAAGCUUCCUGGUGGUAACUCACAUAAAAAAAGCCGUGAGUUGAAGAUUGUUGUGUUUGUGCAUGGGUUUCAGGGACAUCAUCUGGAUUUACGUCUUAUUCGAAAUCAAUGGCUUUUGAUAGACCCCAAGAUAGAAAUUCUCAUGUCGGAGGCAAAUGAAGAAAAAACAUCAGGAGACUUCAGAGAAAUGGGACUAAGGCUUGCUCAGGAGGUGAUCUCUUUUCUUAAAAAGAAAUCUGACAAAUAUUCAAGAUCUGGUGGUCUGAGAGAUAUCAAGCUUAGCUUUGUUGGGCAUUCCAUUGGAAAUGUAAUUAUAAGAACAGCAUUAGCAGAAAGCAUCAUGGAGCCAUUCCGUAGACACCUCUACACUUACAUUUCUCUAUCUGGUCCACAGUUGGGGUAUCUUUACAGUUCUAAUUCUUUAUUCAACUCCGGGAUGUGGUUUAUGAAAAAGUUCAGAGGAACACAGUGCAUUCAUCAACUCACUUUCACAGAUGAUCCAAAUCUCAAAAACACUUUCUUUUACAGGCUUUGUGAGCAGAAGACACUAGAGAAUUUCAGGCACAUAAUAUUGAUUUCUUCACCCCAGGACGGUUAUGUGCCAUAUCAUUCUGCCAGAAUUGAAUUAUGCCGAGCUGCUUCGUUGGAUUAUUCAAGAAAGGGCAGAAUAUUCCUGGAGAUGUUGAAUAAUUGCUUGGAUCAGAUACGGGCUCCGACCUCCCAGCCACGGGUGUUCAUGCGCUGUGAUGUCAACUUUGAUACCUCUAACCACGGGAGAAACUUUAACUCUUUCAUUGGGCGAACUGCUCACAUUGAGUUCCUAGAGUCUGAUAUUUUUGCAAGGUUCAUAAUGUGGUCUUUCCAGGAACUAUUUCGUUGACAGGCAGGGGACACACUGAACCAUUAUCUCUGCUCUCCCAGCUUUACCUAGCCUGUCUUGUAUAUAAGCAUUAGUUGUGGUUGGGGUUUAGGUUUCAGCCUAGUUGACUGAGGGAUUUCAUGAGAACUAGUGAUGUAAUUUUUUUCUUGGGGACAGAUUCCUGUUAACUUUGUAUACGAAUAGAUAUAUUGUUAUUGUUUUGGAAUUGGAAUUGCAAUACAAUAUUACUUAAAAAAAAAAAUACCAAUAUACACUUCGGGAUUUGUCAGAAAUCUAAUUCCCUGAGGAAGGUAUAUUGGAUUAAGAGUCCGUUAGAUUUUAAAAGAUUUUUAUUCAA